AUGGCCACUCUCAAGAGCCAACAUUAUGAUUUUGUGGCUUCCUUGGUUGCGGAACACUUCGGAAUCCAACAAAAUGGUUUCACAAUCGAGGAUAUAGAAAAGGCAAAGAACAAUCAUGUCUACCUUAUUCACCUGGAGCAGCCGUUUGCAGAGCUAUGGCAGACAAAGAAGGGGGUUCCAAAGCCCUAUACCUCGGCAAUCCCAGUAGGGACCUCAAAACUGGUGCUACGAAUCUCUAAGAAAAAUGUGAAUUUGGAAGAUUCCGUGCGAAUUCAGAAUGAAGUUGCAUUCCUCGCUUUAGCGCGCGAUGCAUUGUCUGCUAUAGAUGCCUCGGUGAUCCCACGAGUGUUCGGAUGGGAAGAUGAGACCUCCAUCAAUCCAUCAGCUCUUAGCUGGAUCCUGGAAGAAUUCAUGGAAGGGGACUCCCUAAGCCCAGAUGAGAUCCUUGCACUAGAUCACGAUACUCGACAGUCACUGCUUUACCAGUUAGCACAGGUUGUUAAAGCUUUUCAGGAUUAUGAAGUCCCUAAAACCGUCAGUAUGUUUGGUGGCUUGAAGUUCAAUGAUCAAGGUGAAAUCGUGAACACCAUCUCAACGCUGCCUUGCGGUGGGCCGUUCCAAACCUAUCCGCAAUUUGUCAGAGGAAUGUGUACCUGGCAACUCAAAAUGAGCGACCGAAGUGUUCAUCUGAAUGGGUGGCGGGAUAUACCGGGGUUAAGGGAACGACUAGACGACUUCUUUACUAGGGGGCUCGACCAGCUUCUAGAAGAAAUUCCCGAACAAAAGCCAACUCUGGUACACGCAGACUUAGGCUUGCCGAACCUACUCUUCAAUCGCACAAGCAACCGCCUAAGUGCGGUUCUAGACUUCGAUUUCGCUCACAUUGGUGCGCCAAUCUCUGAGUACUUGUUUUCCUUCUUUGAUCUAGAUGGCUUGCUGGCUGGAAGCUCCGAUCCUAAUGGCCCCCUGCGCGGAUAUCUCUUGGAGGGACUCCCAUUUGUGGAGGAAGGAGUCGAAGACAAGUGUAAACUUCUUCGAGCAUGGGAGAAUGCUUUAUCCGACGCAGGAGCUAAAAAGCCAUCGACAAUCGAUAAAGCGGGAGAUAUAGCAGAUAUUUGGUGGUUCUCUCAGGAGCUGUGCGUGCCCUAUUGGUUUAUAGAUACCUUUUUGGAGACGAUGACACCGGAGAAGCUGGAGGAGUUGAAAGCUGAGAGUGCGAGCCAUCUAGGGAGGUAUUUGGCACAGUGGGGUUUUUAA